AUGGCCCAAACGCCAGACCCAGACCCAGACCAGGCUGACGAUCCAAUCCAAUCUCAUCUCCAUCUUGAAGCACCAGAAUUCAACCUCCUCAACAACGCGCCAAACCUGAACCUUUCUCCCGAGGAGAAGCGUACUUAUGGUCAACUCUUCCGACAAGCCGACUCCGAGAGUGUUGGUGUUGUGGUUGGUGAAAUUGCUGUUAGGUUCUUCCACAAAACAGGCCUCGACUCCCGUGUUCUUGGCGAAAUAUGGCAAAUCGCCGAUAAGGAGAAUCGUGGUUUCUUGACACCAGCUGGCUUCGGUAUCGCCCUACGACUCAUCGGACACGCACAAGCCGGUCGCGAGCCUACCCCUGAGAUUGCUCUCCAACAAGCUCCUCUUCCUCGAUUCGAUGGUAUUGCACCUCAGCCUACAGGCGGCAUUCCUCCACCUCCGCCUGUUCCUGUCAGCUCGCCGCCUCCCCCAGCUGCUCUUCAAGCCCAAAGCACUGGUGGACCGAUCCGUAUCCCACCCCUGACUCCCGAGAAGGUCGCACAAUAUACCGGCCUGUUCGAACGACAGCCUCUUCAAAAUGGCCAACUCCCUGGUGACCAGGCCAGAGGUAUCUUUGAGAAGUCCGGUUUGCCCAACGAGGCGUUGGGCAGAAUAUGGCAACUUGCCGAUACAGAGCAGCGUGGGGCCCUCAUCUUGACAGAGUUCAUUAUCGCCAUGCAUCUGCUCACCUCGAUGAAGACUGGGGCUCUGCGAUCUCUCCCUAAUGCUCUCCCUGCUGGUCUUUACGAGGCUGCUUCGCGCCGUGCCCCCGCCUCUCGCCAACCUUCCACUGGUCCCGGUAUCUCUUCUAUUCCUCGACAGCUCAGCGGAACAGCCCAAGUACGCACAAACAGCCCUCUCGGCCGACCUCCCAUGUCCCCUCAACAAAGCGGUGCUAGUGACUGGGCUGUGACCCCCGCCGACAAGGCUCGAUUCGACCAGAUCUAUGCCGACCUCGAUAAGGGUAACAAGGGCUACAUUACAGGAGAGGAAGCGGUCGCCUUUUUCAGCCAGUCCAACCUACCUGAAGACUCCUUGGCUCAGAUUUGGGACCUUGCGGACACCAACUCUCAAGGCCAACUUUCACGCGAACAGUUCGCCGUUGCUAUGUACCUGAUCAGACAACAGAGGACCGGUCGUUCAGUUCCUCUACCUACGACCCUCCCCGCCAACCUAAUCCCUCCUAGUCUCCGUGGCCAGGUUCGCCCACAAACUGCCAAUUCAGCAUUUGAUCCACCUCCUGCGCCCGUGAUGCAAGCUCCCCCGCCUCAGCCCAAGUCUGCUCUUGAUGAUCUGUUCGGCCUCGAUUCGGGUAGCUCCACCCCUGCCCCUCCACCUCCUGCUCAAGCUCCUAUGUCAACAGGAGGUUCUAAUGCUAAUGAUCCCUUUGCUGGUGGUUCUUCUAUGACACCCACUUCUCCAAUGAAACCAUCCCUGACAGGAACUGGUGGUUCAAGCUUCAAGCCAUUUAUUCCGUCAUCUUCCUUCGGUCGGGGAUUGACACAGCAGCCUACUGGUGGUUCAGCCGGUUCUGGUCAAAAACUUUCUGCACCAUCUGCUUCCGAGGAUUUAUUGUCAGACAAUGAUGAGGCCAGCAAGAAUAUCUCUGAAGAAACCACGGAGCUCGCAAACCUUUCGAACCAGAUUUCUUCUUUGGCCAAGCAAACUCAGGAUGUCCAAGCCAAGAGGACUACAACUCAGAAUGAGCUAAACCAGGCCACAUCUCAGAAGCAGAACUUCGAGCAGCGACUCAGUCAGUUGCGUACUCUCUACGAGAAGGAGGCGCAGGACACUCGUGCCCUCGAGGAACAGCUUAGCAACGCUCGAAAGGAGACCUCUAAGCUUCAAGCUGAAUGCAUGACACUUGAAGGCACUUACCGAGAUACUCAAACUCAACAUCAGCAAACAUUGGCAGCUCUCCAGGCGGACCAACAGGAGAACGCUAACCUCAGGGAGCGAAUCCGUGUAGUUAACGGAGAGAUUGCGCAGCUCAAGCCUCAGAUUGAGAAGCUCAAGUCAGAUGCUCGUCAGCAGAAGGGACUGGUUGCUAUCAACAAGAAGCAGCUGUCUACCACAGAGGGUGAACGUGACAAGUUGAAGUCUGAGGCAGAGGAGCUUAACAAGAGCAUCGAUGACUUGCGUCAAGCAAACACCAGCUCGCCAGCUUCACCUUCGGCCCAGAUUGCAAGCCCUGCUGCUUCCACUUCCAGCGCUAACAACCCCUUCUUCCGCCGAACUGCAAGCACUGAUAUCAUGGGUGCAUUUGCUUCUCCUCCUCCCACUAAGAAUGUCUCUGACAAGUCUUUCGACGAUCUCUUCGGACCUUCGUUCCCACCCAGUUCUUCCGCCACUCCUCCUGCUCAAGCUGCAUUCAAGCCCCAGCAUACCGGUGCCUCGAAUGCCAGUGCAGGUUCAUACAACACUCCUCCAGUUCAGGGUUCUCCCGUCAUGAGCCGCCAAGCGACUCUUUCUGCUGAUCCUCCCCCGCCCCCUGAGUCGAGACAAAUCAGCUCUAGCUUCUUGCCAUUCCCCGACCACACUGAGUCUCUUUCGUCUUCUCGCCAGGUAUCCCCUCCCGCUUCGCGUGCUGAUGAUCCUCUUCACGGUUCGGUUACUCCUGUUCCUGGUGACUUCAAGUCUUCAGACAGCGUUGGCAGCGUCCCUGGAGCUUUCCCUGGCGAUGAUCUCGCCAAGUCUGAGAGCAAAGACACACUGUCUGCUCCCAACGACGCGCCUGCUGCCAAGGAUGAUGAAUCAAAGCCUACUGAGUCUGCUGAUCCUUUCGGUGGUGCUGAUGAAGCUAAGGCCAAGGCUGACUUCGAGAAUGCAUUCGCUGCAUUUACAACUGCCAAGACUCAAAGCAAGCCUUCCCCCGAGGCGAAUAAGUCGUCUGCUUUCGACUCUGAGUUCCCUCCCAUCUCAGAGCUUGAGCGUGACGAUGAUGAGGAGUCGGACUCUAGCAGUGACAACGGAGGCUUUGAUGAUAACUUCACCCCAGCCUCCCCUCCUGCUAAGCCUACCACAGGAGAUGCUUCCGAAUCCACACACGCAGCUCCUGCCAGCACUUCGCCACAACCCGCUCAGCAGGCCAACUCUCCCCAAGAACCCAAGGCCACCAGCGCCGAGCAACCCUCAUCGCCCGCCACCAUUACCGAGUCCAACGCCCAAAAGUCAUCUGUUGAUGACAUCUUUGGUGCGGCUGCCACUGGAACUGCUCCCGCGUCACAGCAAGCAGCUCCUUCCAACCCUCCCCAGGCCAAGGGAGGGUUUGAUGAUUUGGACAGUGAUUUCGAAGGCCUAGAGGAUGCUAAGGAGGGCUCCGCUGACGAGGACUUUGCGAAUAUCUCUCGCUCUGGGUUGGAUGACUUUAACCCUGUUUUCGACAGCAGCCCUCCUGGAAGCCAGACCAAGACUGAGUCUACCGCUUUCGGUAAUGAGAGUUUUGACUUUAUCUCUGCCAGCUCAACUGGACCAACUCAGCCUGCUGCUGGAGCUCAGCAGCAAAAGGCCCCUGAGGCUCAUGACUGGGACGCUAUCUUCUCCGGUCUGGACUCACCCAGCGCAGCUGCUGCUCAACCCGCUGCUCCCGAGAAGCCAGAGGGCACCGAGCCUCAUCCUGGUCAGCAGGCUAUGAACCGCACCUUUUCAACUGAGUCUGAACAUGAUGACCCAAUCCUGAAGAGCCUUACCAGUAUGGGAUAUAAGCGCUCUGAAGCUCUCGAGGCCCUUGAGAAAUAUGAUUACGAUCUCGACAAGGCAAAUCUUAAUGCUGCGAACCACCUUGCUAGCCGCUCAUAA